AUGAAUACAGGCGGUCAUAUGCAAGAACUUGAACGAGCGCAAAGAGCGUUGGAACGUUUGCGUGAUCAGCUCAAGGAAAUUGGCAAAGAAUUGAGCGAUAAAGAAGCAGAACUUACUCGAGCUCAAAUGGAACAAAAAAAUUUGGAAGACCUGCUGCAGGCAGAGAUAAAACAUCUUCAAGAAAUAGAUGCAGUGGUCGCUAGACUCGAAGAAGAACUUCGUCAAGCGAAAAUCAAACUUGAUACCGCUUUAGAACGUUUAAGACAAUUAACAGAACAUCUUCAUCAACAACAACAGUUGGAAUUACAAAUGCAACGAGCAUAUGAAGCUCAAGUAACAGCAACGAACUUAGCACAAGAUAGGGCCAACGAAGCUGAUAGAAGAGAAAGAGAAGCUAAGCACGCUGCAGAUAAAGCUAUACGUGAGCAAAAACAAGCAGAAGCCAUUGUCGCAAGUAUAAAAUCCGAGUUGAAUGAUGCUGAGAUAUCAUUGGCAUGGGCUUUAGCAGCUCUUGCGACUGCAUUACUGAUACCGAUAGCUGGUGAAAUUGCUGCUAUUCCAAUACUAGCUACAAUUGCAGCUCUUGAAGUUGCCAUUUUUGCAUUGGCUUCCAAGUUAAAUAGAGCAGAAAACACGUUGUCGCAAGCGAAUUCUAUGCGUGAUCGCGCUCUUGAAUUACAUGAAACAUCGAAAACUGAGAAACAAAAAGCUGACGAGACCCUCACUGAAGAGAAAAAUAAAUUGGCCACCGCAAAAACGAAUUGGGAUAAGCAGAUAGAAGCGAAGAAUGCGGCUAAGAAGGCAGUUGAAACGCAAACUGAAGUAGUAACAGCAGCAACUAAUCACUUUAAAAAUGUUGAACGUCAAUUAGCCGAUAGUAAAGAGCAACAAACAAAACAAAGAACCAAAGUACAUAAUGUCGAAAUGCAAGUAAAAGAGAAAACGGUUCAGGUUGCGCAAUUGAAAAUGGAACGAGGUGCAUUGCAGUUAAGACAGGAACAAACUCAAGAUGCAUUUAAUCAAGCCAAUACUGUGUUUAUACAAGCUACAAUAAGAGAUGAUAAGGCUACUAGAAAUCUCAAGGACUUAAAGGAUAAAAAUGAAGCUAAACGCGGAGAAAUACAAGAGAUGAAAGACUUGGUCGAUAAAAAGAAAGCUGAAGUCGAAAAAGCACGAGCUGAUCAUCUUCUCGCAGAAAGAAAGGCACAGGAAGCAAAAAAUGAGGUUGGGUUAAUCAAACAAGACCUGGAGACGGCGGCGAAGUCUGCAACAAAAUCAAAUGAACAAAUUGAAGCCCAAAAAAAAAUGCUUAUCAAAGAAGAAGAAAAAAGCAACACACUCGCUAGGAAAAAAGAGAUUUUGAAGGAAGAACUUGAAAACACAAGACAAAAGAAGGAACAGUUAGAAAAUCGAGUACAAGAUUUAAAUAAACAAUUGAAAAUUCAAAACGAAGCGAUGAUGGAGAAAAAUAAUGAAGUGUACAAUAUUUCAACUAACUUGGAAAGCAAGAAACAAAAGCAAUCUCAAAUAGAAAUCCACCGCAUCGAGCAUAUUGCUCAUGCUAAACGCAUUCAAGAGCAAAUUGCUGAUUAUCAACAAGUUCUGGACAAAAACCAUGCAGAUUUAGAACAGGCAAAAAAAGACAAAGAUACACAAGAAAACGCUCAACAGGUUGCCAAAGAUAGCGUAACAAACACUAAUCAAAGCCUUCAACGAAUUCGCAAUGAUUUAAAAUGGGUAUCGGAGAAUAUGCAUGACAAAGAAGAAGUUUACAAGGAACGAACACGACGUCACAAUAAUCUUACUCGUGAUAUCAAAGGAUCACAAGCAGUACAAGUGAAUAUGGACCGAGACGCUCAGAAUCUGCACGACCAGUGGACAUCUAAGCGAAUAUGGAUGACAAAUGCUGUUAAUGAUGUUAAAGAGAUGCGCCAAAAUAUCGCUGAGAUUAAGAAAGCACGACGGUCGCGUGUGCAAGAAAUAUCAAAGAAAGAAGAAAUAACACGGAAAGAAGAAAACAACAAUGUUCAAGUAAAGCAGCAAAAAAAUUACAACAAAAACAUCUCCUCUACCUAA